ACCACCACUGACAGGCACUGCUGCGCCAUCAUUAGCCCCCAAACCUCUCCAGGGAUCCGCUGCCGCCGCCGCCGCUACGAUUUCCACACUACUUUUUUUGAAAAACGUAACUUUUCUUGUAUGCCUGGAAGAGUUUGUCCCACUUUUUGCGACUUUUUUGUGGAAGGGCGUCAUAUUGUCCACCGCUUUUCCUUUUCUCCACCGCAGCACUUGGUAGAAUAAAAUGACCCAUGCAAGGUGUAGAAAUCACCCGCAGGUACGGACGGAGUUGAGGAGCCUGUGAUCUCUGGAGCAGCAGGAUUGGGAUUGUGGGGAAACUUGGCAAUAGGUGCGCAAAACUCGGAGGAUAUUUUUUUGAGCGAGGGGAUCUUUUUGGCGAGGUUGAAUUCUGAAUCCUUUCCACGCUUGGCACAGAUUUACGGAGACGUUGCGGGAUUUCGGGGAGCGGAGGAGACUGAGCUGAGAAAAAAAAAAUCUUCUGGAUAAUCCCCCCCAACAAGGAAGCACCUAAUGUUGCACCCUGUGACUCUGCUGCCGCUCUCCAGUGAUCUAUCCUUACACUGGGAUUCAAUCUCCUACUUACCCACGGAGUUGUGUGCGUAAAGGACGCGCAGGGGAGCGAAAGCGAGAGAGAGGGGGGCGAUUUCGCCAACCUUUCCCGGGGCUCUAAAUCUGUGGAAGCAGGUGUAUUUCAGGUGUAUUUCUGCAAGUCAAGAUGUCUCUGCUGCCUUCGAGGUUCAUAUACGUGUGUUUACAUUUUCUGGUACUCUAUUUCCAGCUGCAGGAGUCCCAGCAGAGCUCUGCUGAUUUCAGGUUUUACAUCGAGAACCACACGCGGAACCCGGACGACCUGAGCCGGAAGCAGGUCCGGAUCUAUCAGCUCUACAGCAGAACCACGGGGAAGCACGUCCAGAUCUUGGGGAAGAAAAUCAACGCCAACGGAGAUGAUGGGGGCAAGUAUGCUCUUCUUGUCGUCGAGACAGAAACCUUCGGGAGCCACAUUCGAAUCAAAGGAAAAGAGAGCGAACAUUACAUCUGCAUGAACGAGAAGGGCAAAAUAGUGGGAAGGCCCGAUGGAAGGAAACAGGAGUGCGUCUUUGUCGAGGAAUUCCUGGAGAACAACUACACGGCUCUCGUGUCGGCCAAGUACAAAGGAUGGUACCUCGGCUUCAACAGGAAGGGUCGGCCCAAGAAAGGCUCGCGGACCACGCAGAGGCAACAGGAAGUCCACUUCAUGAAGCGGCAGCCGAAGGGCAGGCUGGACCCGCUGGAGGAGUUUCGUUUCACCACAGUAACAAAGCGGACACGAAGGGCUCGGCGAUUAAAACCCAACUCCAAGAGGAACUGAUGGGGCCGAUGGGGCAGCACUAAUUUUCCUCGGGGGGAAAAAAAACAAAAAAACUGUACCUGAAAAUCUCAAGCUUCUCUUCUUAAAAAGAAUCACCUUAAAGACUUCACUUGUGUAAAAGAAAGACAGACAAAAAGAACAAAAAAAGUCAAAGAUGUUUUAUUUUUGUAUUUCAGGAUGACUGAAUAUUUCCUAACUCUUGGAUUCUUCUGGGUUGAUGUCAUUGUGCUAACGUGUCUGUCAUGUUAUUUAUACUGGAUAAACUAAAGGACUUCUGAGAGAAUUCCCGUCGCCGUCGUCCUCAGCUACGUUUGAACUGCAAGCUGAAGGCAUGCUUUCUUUUUGACAAUGGGGGCUGAAGCAGGAGCUGACGCAAUGUUAUAAAAAUCAGCCAACUAGAGAUUUAUUGGAAUACCUGUCGGUUUUUGUUUGUGUUUCCCCUGACAACGCGGAUCCCAUACUUUCCACUGGAAUCAGACACCAUGGAGAUGAAACGGAGAGAGGUGGCAGUCGCAGGUGACGCUGUGCUGCCGGGAUAACUGUGUAGCUUUGAGUGCAAUAUUUUACAGG